CUGGUUAUUGUAGUGGUUUUGUAUGCACACUUAAAGCCAGCCGCAUCUCCCAAACAGCGAGACGCUGUGAGAUUCCUUAGCUGUAAGGUGUUCAAGAUGAAUUAUUGUGGAUAUGAAAAUGGAAUGACCCAUUAGCGGAUGCUAUCCUCGGACGAAGACGAAAUGUCCAUCAACUUCGAUCCUGCUGUGAAGACACCGGUGAAGAUUUUGCGCGAAACGCCGCUAAAGUACCAAUCGAACGAUCACAUAAACAACCUGCAAGAGGAAAAAGAAAACUUCCUCAAGUUUGGUAAAAUACCACGGUUCCAGUUCGCCGGCGCUGUGGACUGGCUAGGUACAAAUAAGAAGAACAGUGAAAUACGAUUUGACUUUUUUCAAGAAGCGCGUUACAUUUUGGAGCGCGUGAGGGAUGUAUACGGCGGCGGCGAUGUAUUUUUUGACGCAGCUUUUGGAGAAAAGAUUUUUCUUAGCCAAGCGUCUCAGACUGUCUUACAGUAUUUAAAAUCACACGGUUUAGAUGGUUCUCUGAGUGUAUACUGGACAAGUGAUUUGAACUGCAGUGGGAAGAUGUUUUGGCAAGGACCCAAUGUACGCUACAAUCGACCCGAAGCACGGAAGUUUAGUUUGUGGCUCAAGAAAAGCAGCGAAAAUGUUUAUCUCCGAGAACUCGGAAUUAAAAGUUUGAUGGACCACGAAAUUGGCACUCAUUUUGUAUCCUUUUUCGUCUUUCAAGAUUUCAUUUCCUGUAAACUUUAAAAUCAAUUUUAAUCGUGUGAUCAGAGAUUCUGAAAUAUCAUAUAAUAUUUAUUCUUCCGGAAAACUGACCAUGUAACUUGUUUAAAUAGUGAAUCACCUCCUGCAAAGGUUUUUCUUAAUCAAAGUCACAAACGCUUCAUAUACUUCAUCGCGAGAAUCUGUUUCCAUAGCACCUCUCGAUCUGAUCUUAAAAAAUUCUCGUAAUGUGAAUGUUCCCUCUCAGAUCUAGAGUGUGUCACGAACUUAAAAUUCAUAUAUUUUGCGGUGGAAGCUCAUGGCAGCUGAGUUUAUUUGAGAAUGGGGUUUCAUUCAUGAGACUGGGGUUUCAUUCAUGUUCCAAUUGUCGUUAAGUCAAUAGACUGAUUUUGGGAAGAAAAAAUUUUCGAUCAUUGUAUCUUUGCGCACGUUUUAUUUUGACUCUUAAUUCGUAGCACAAGACCGGCGAACGAUAAAAUCUACUUGUAUAACGAGAUAUCAAUUUACUUUUCCUUUGUUUACAUAAACUUCUGUUGUUUAUGUAGCUGUCAGUCUUUUAAACAACAGGGUACAGUAGAAACAUGAUGUAAACGUGAUGAAGAAUUUUCUCGUCUCCUCAACCUUAAACUUACGUUACAUAAUCGAGAGUAACUUGAGGACUAAGUCGUCCGCUUGCUUUCCUGUCCAUAAACACAAAUGGAAGUAUGGCGUACUGUACAUGAUCAAGUAUUGUACAGAGAAUUGGUUCGCUAUUUCAGCUUUUGGUUAGCGUACUGUAGAAUUCACGACUUCUACCGAUGAUUAUUUACAUUGGCUAAUGGUAAUUUCGAUUGUUAUGAACUGCCUUUGACACUCUUGGGUGAAUGAUGCAUUGUGUACCAUCGUAAUUGGCUUUAUAAGCUACUGGUGGCAGAUUAAUUAAUCUAAUCACUUAUUUAUAAAACAACUAAACGUUGCGAAGUUGGCUUCCCUCAUAAACUCGUCGAGGGAAGUAAACUUGAUUUUACAGUGCAUUUUUGACCCAGAAGAGAAGGUGCCAAAAAGACAUGACAUCUAAGACGAACAGGUUCAAUUAGGUGAAAAACUUAAGGCUGAGAACAGUUUGUGUAGAGUCCAAACUUAUUUAUCCAGAAAUGCACAUCAAGAAAUUGCGAAUGUUAACGCAAGAAACACCCUGGCAAUUCCUUGUUAUGUACUUUUUCCCUCCCACAAACGGUCACAGCCUUUCCUACCAGAAGGUCAUCCCUUUCCUAGCUGAUUUUCCUUAACUCUUCAAUCUCGCGUUUCAGCUCAGGGCCACAAAUGAUGGUUUGCAGCCGUGGUACUCAAACAGGAAGAAAUUCGACCUUCGCUCUCCUAGGUCUUACACUGGCAGAGUCAACGAAGAAGGUCUGGCAGCGAUCAAUACCAUUUAUCAGGCGCAAGUUAAGAUGCUAUUUCUGCCAGCGUUACUCUACUGUAAGUAUCUAUCUUAACCCUUUACUCCCUAGCAUCAGUUUGCAUAUUCUCUAUACUGUUCCCUAUACAUUUACUAAAGGAUUUGACGAGGAGAAUUUGUUUAACAAUCGGGGUGAUAAUGUAAGGAGAAAUAAGAUGCUUGUCGCGUGUUUAGUAUCAUCAUAACGAACUUCUUAGUCGCACCGCUCUUUCGACACAUCGUUUCAGACACAGCAUGUAUGUCGACUGAAAUGUCCUUCAAGGAGCUGUUUGAGCAUCUAGCGAUGUACAUAUACGACCCAGAGCAGCGAUGGAAGCAGGUGGUACGGGCCAAGAGGUGUCUCUCCAAUUGCAGCGACAUUGGAGGCUGUGGAUAUGAUCAGUGCUAUUUUGAAGGUAUACUUAAAUACUGAAGUAGGCGUAAAAACUAGACUGUUUUAAGUUCUUCUGGCCAAACUCAACUGAAAUACAAAAAAGAUGAGAUUCAUCGAUUUCUGAAAAAAGGAAACAUCAAAGAAAUUCUGACAAAAUAAUAGUAAUGAAAGAGAAAAGAUUCAACAUCUUUAAAAAAAAAGAAAGAAAACCUUUGUGCCGGUGGUGGGCGUAUAUAGUGGAUGAAAUAAUACAAGAUGGCGUUAAAUUCCGUCCUUCCUCUCGCCCCUUCUUCCCUGUUUUUUGCUUUGACUUGUGAUUUUUAAUUCAUUCUCCUUAUCAUUUCAGGAGCUGUGACUAUUUUGCGUCAAGUGAACGAUAUCGAUUUCAAACUGAUGUAUGCCGGAAAAAUAUGUUGCGACGAACUGCAGAGGAUCAAGCGCAUUGCUCGACAGGGCUGUGUUAAACUACCUCACUUCCUAAAAGACAUAGUAGCCUACAAGAAAACACUGAACGAAAUUGCUCUAACGAAUGGACUCAUACAGAAAAUUAACAGACCUUUGUUAUGCCGAAAUAACUCUCGACCUAAAGUGCGCAAAAAGAAAUCUCUAGUUUCACCGCAAGAUCGAGUCCAGUCCAGAAUUUUUAGUUGUCCUAAAUCAAGAUCGCGAAGUGGUCCGCUUUCAACGACUCUUCCAACAAGGAUUUUGCCUCGGCGUUCUGACAUGUAUAGAAGGCUGUGUACUAGCGUGGCUUCUUUCGCACCUCUGUCAUCUUAAGAGAAGAAUUAAUAAUAGAGCUUGCAUUGUUUUAAAUUGAUUACGGUUUUUGAGUCUGGUUGGAAUUUAUUCAAGGUGUGCGUGUUAAUUCUAGCGUGGAUAGAAAUAAGAACUGAUAUUGCUGUAC